AUGCAAGAGCCUUCUGGUGAACCAGUUCAGCUGAGGAGCAGUUUCACUGGCAAACACAAGCAUUUUGUUACAGAUGGUCAAAAGGAUAUAGAAGAUGAGCUUACAACUGGUCUUGAACUUGUGGACUCUUGUAUUAGAUCUCUACAAGAAUCAGGAAUACUUGAUCCACAGGAUUAUUCAACUAGUGAAAUGCUUCGGCGUAGAAAAAACGGCUUGAACGCCAAGCCCUUAAACAUUAGACGACCUUAUUUCGGCUACGAGGAGGCGAAGGACGUAGUUGUAUUUAUCAUCAGCUACAAAUUCGAGCGCGUACUCGAAAAUCUGCUGUGGGGUGCGUUUAAUUCCUUCCGCGGUUCUCCGGAGGGGGAGGCGGGGGGGAGGGCCGGGAGCGGGCUGGCCAGACGGCCUCCCUUCGCUGCCUCCUUUGACCGCCUCUCGUCUGCCUGUUUACUUGCUCGUCUCCCCGCCCAUCCCCCUCCUCCGCAGGGCGCCACCGGCCGGACUGCCCACCUCGCCGCCUCGGAGCCGCCGCCACCCCCGUCGCAGCCGCUGCCCAGGGAGACCUUCGCGCCCAGCCAUGGGAGCGCCUUCCACUUGCCGGACUCCUCCUCCUCCUCCUCCUCCUCGCAGCAGCCGCCGCCGCCGCAUUCACCGGCCCUCUACUACUCCAGCUCCACGCUGCCGGCGCAGAGAGUGAGCUCGCCCCUGUCCAUGCAGCAGGUGGGCUCGCCUACCAAGCUCCAGCGGGCGGGCUCCGCCUCCGAGAGCGCCGCCGCCGUCGCCGGCGGGUACGGCACCACACAGCGGGUCUCCUCUCCCAAGCAGUCGCCCAGCCGCCUGGCCAAGUCCUACAGCACCAGCUCGCCCAUCAACAUCGUCGUCUCCUCGGCGGGGCUCUCGCCUUCCCCGAUCCGGGUCACCUCCCCGCCCACCAUCCAGUCCAACAUCUCCUCCCCCAUCCAUCAGCUGAGCUCCACGAUCGGCACCUACGCGACCCUCUCGCCCACCAAGAGGCUGGUCCACCCUUCCGAGCAGUACAGCAAACACUCCCAGGAACUCUAUGCCACGGCCACUUUGCAGAGACCCGGAAGCCUGGCAGCUGGAUCCCGGGCUUCGUACACAAGUCAGCAUAGCCACCUGGGCUCAGAACUAAGGGCACUACAAUCUCCAGAACAUCAUAUAGAUCCUAUUUAUGAGGACAGAGUGUAUCAGAAACCCCCUAUGAGGAGUCUCAGCCAGAGUCAGGGAGACCCUCUUCAACCAGCACAUACAGGCACAUAUCGCACUAGCACAGCCCCAUCUUCCCCUGGUGUCGACUCCGUACCCUUACAGCGCACAGGCAGUCAACUCGGCACACAGAAUGCAUCAGCGACUUUCCAGAGGGCCAGCUAUGCAGCAGGCCCUGCCUCCAAUUACGCAGAUCCCUACCGACAGCUGCAGUAUUGUCCUUCUGUUGAAUCACCAUACAGCAAAUCUGGACCAGCCAUCCCACCUGAGGGAACCUUGGCUAGGUCACCUUCUAUUGAUAGCAUUCAGAAAGAUCCCAGAUCUUUCAUGAACCCUUUUUCCUGGAUGAAGGUUGCCUCCAAUAAGAUUUCAAAUACGCAUUCAAAUGUAGAGUUUGGGUGGAGAGAUCCAGAACUUCCAGAAGUUAUUCAGAUGUUACAGCAUCAGUUCCCUUCAGUACAAUCUAACGCUGCUGCUUAUUUACAGCAUCUCUGCUUUGGCGACAAUAAGAUAAAAGCUGAGAUAAGAAGACAAGGAGGGAUACAAUUACUGGUGGAUCUAUUGGACCAUCGAAUGACAGAAGUCCACCGUAGUGCCUGUGGGGCUCUGAGGAACUUGGUAUAUGGGAAAGCUAAUGAUGACAACAAAAUUGCUUUGAAAAAUUGUGGGGGUAUUCCAGCACUAGUACGAUUACUCCGAAAGACUACAGAUUUGGAAAUCAGAGAACUGGUCACAGGAGUUCUCUGGAAUCUUUCUUCUUGUGAUGCACUGAAAAUGCCAAUUAUCCAGGAUGCUCUAGCAGUGUUGACCAAUGCAGUGAUCAUUCCUCAUUCCGGAUGGGAAAAUUCCCCCCUCCAGGAUGACCACAAAAUUCAGCUUCAUUCAUCACAGGUGCUGCGCAAUGCCACUGGGUGCCUAAGGAAUGUCAGCUCUGCUGGAGAAGAAGCCCGCAGAAGAAUGAGAGAAUGUGACGGACUUACCGAUGCAUUGCUUUAUGUGAUUCAGUCUGCUCUAGGAAGCAGUGAAAUUGAUAGCAAGACCGUUGAAAACUGUGUGUGCAUUUUAAGGAACCUCUCAUAUAGACUCGCUGCAGAAACAUCUCAGGGACAGCAAAUGGGGACGGAUGAACUCGAUGGUUUACUUUGUGGUGAUGCCAAUGGAAAAGAUGCAGAAAGUUCGGGAUGCUGGGGCAAGAAGAAGAAGAAAAAGAAAUCUCAAGAUCAGUGGGAUGGAGUUGGUCCUCUCCCCGACUGUGCAGAACCACCAAAAGGAAUCCAGAUGCUGUGGCACCCAUCCAUAGUCAAACCCUACCUCACACUUCUCUCUGAGUGCUCAAAUCCAGAUACACUGGAAGGGGCAGCUGGUGCAUUACAGAAUUUAGCUGCAGGUAGCUGGAAGUGGUCUGUAUAUAUCCGGGCUGCCGUACGGAAAGAAAAAGGCCUGCCCAUACUAGUAGAGCUUCUUCGAAUAGACAAUGAUCGGGUGGUAUGUGCGGUUGCAACAGCUUUACGGAAUAUGGCCUUAGACGUCCGAAAUAAAGAACUAAUAGGCAAGUAUGCCAUGCGGGACCUGGUUCACCGGCUUCCGGGAGGUAACAACAGUAGCAGUUCAGCAAGCAAGACCAUGUCUGAUGAUACCGUUACUGCCAUUUGCUGCACCUUGCAUGAAGUCAUCACAAAAAAUAUGGAAAAUGCCAAGGCCUUACGGGAUGCAGGAGGAAUUGAGAAACUUGUUGGCAUUUCCAAGAGUAAAGGAGACAAGCAUUCACCAAAAGUAGUGAAGGCAGCAUCUCAGGUCUUAAAUAGCAUGUGGCAGUACAGAGAUCUGAGAAGUCUAUACAAAAAGCGGGUGGCCCCAGACUUCAGAGUGGCUGAGGACAGAGGAUUUUCACCUACCCAUCAUUCUGAGUCAUGGCACGCUCAGCAUUCCCUCUCCCAGAACCAAGAAACCAGAAUCUAUUCCCAGACCCAGGAUGGAUGGUCACAGUAUCAUUUUGUAGCUUCAUCAUCAACGAUAGAGAGGGAUAGGCAAAGGCCGUAUUCUUCCUCACGCACACCUUCCAUUUCUCCGGUGCGCAUGUCUCCCAACAAUCGUUCAGCAAGUGCCCCAGCCUCCCCUCGGGAAAUGAUCAGUUUAAAAGAAAGAAAAACAGAUUAUGAGUCAACUGGAACAAAUGCUACUUACCAUGGGAAUAAAGGAGAGCACACCUCUAGAAAAGACACCAUGACAGGUCAGAACUCUGGAAUCUCUACUUUGUAUAGAAAUUCUUAUGGUGCACCUGCUGAAGAUAUUAAACACAACCAAGUUUCAACACAGCCCGUCCCACAGGAGCCCACGAGAAAGGAAUACGAACCAUAUCAGCCAUUUCAAAAUUCAACCAGAAACUAUGAUGAGUCCUUCUUUGAGGACCAAGUGCAUCAUCGCCCACCUGCCAGCGAGUACAAUAUGCACCUGGGACUCAAGUCCACUGGCAACUACGUCGAUUUCUAUUCUGCUGCUCGGCCCUAUAGCGAACUCAAUUAUGAAACAAGCCACUAUCCAGCCUCUCCAGAUUCCUGGGUUUGAGAUCUGGGCGAGAAGAAAGAAGAGGUCCAGGAAUUGUGCAUGUGCAUGCAUAUCACGAGACAUUCUUUUCCUGCAAAUUUAGUUUGUUAAAGCCUGUUCCGUAGGAAGGCCCUAAUACUCAGUCUGGAACAAUUAAGGGAUCUUUAGGUGGCUAAGAGAAUGGGAAGCUAAGCGUGGGAGUGUUAAUUAGAAAGAGUGCGAUGUGUAUCUAUUUCUGUAUCUAUAGAAUCCUGUCUCUUAAAUAUAGAUAUAGAAAUAUAUGGGGGGCGGGGAGGGCAGCUUUGCAGUUGACCUUGUAAUGUAGAGGUUGAAACAGAUAGUACUGUACACUGAAUGUGGCUGAAGGAAGUUAGGGAAGUUGAAACCACCGAAGUGAGUCCAGCGUUAAGCACAAGAAAACGAAGAGUUUACAAACCUUAUGGGGGACAGCUUCUCACCCUUUGUUUCUUCAUCCAUUGUGAAUCUAGGCUUCAAGUUGCAUUUGGGAUUUCCUCUGUACAGCAAGAUGUUUCUUGCCUUUUGUUAAUGCAUUGUUGUAAAGUAUUUGAUGUACAUUACAGAUUUAAAAACCAGAGAGAGAGAGAGCGAAGUGCAUUGUGUAUAUUACACCAAUGCCACAGUGUUUCUUCAUCUAUGGUUCUAAAUAUUGCUUCAAUUACACAACUUUGAAAUAUGUAUGAAUUUCCAGGGGUAAGGGAGGGGUUUCUUUUCUUUUCUUUUCUCUUUUCCUUUUCUUUUCUUUUUUCUUUUCCCCAGUGCGUUUUAACAGGAGAAAACAAAAACUGAUAUUUAGCAGUAUUGUUCGUUCUGAUAUGUGAAUUUGUUUGUGGCAACUAAAAAAAAGGCAUUCAGCAGUUUCUGACAAUUAACAUUCAUCAUUCCACACUCCUUGUCAACAAAGUGCUUUUUCACUGCCUAAAAUUUUAGAUGUAGAUAUUUGAAAUAGAUUUUUUCAUUUAUACCAGUUUUCUUUAUGAUGAUACAGUGUUAAAAGAAAAUAAAUUACAAUUGAUCUGUCAUCCAUAUUUGCUAAGAAUGUCUAUUUCCAAGAUCCUUAAUCAAAAUAUACAUUCUUGCUCAUGUAUGUACGUAUGUAUGUGUCUGUCCUCACCGUGUGUGCAUACUAUUUUGUGUGUAUGUUUGUGCAACAUAAAACAGUGUUCCAUCAUGGUGUUGCCAGACAUAAUAGAAUUCUGUUUUGUGUAUAAGAAUCUGGUGGCCUUCAGAUGAAAUGCAAGACCUUUUGCACGCUCAUACACAAAAAAACAGGUGUAUAGGCUUGCUCAGCGUAGCAAUACAUUCAGCUGUUGGUUUCAGUUUGCUUCUGCUUUGGGUAUGGAAGGCAGUAUUAUAGAUGUUGCUAAUAUCUCAAACCAAAAUGUUGAAUGAGAGAGUAUGUUUUGCACUAGUACAGUUGUUUCCCCAGUCUGGCAGGGAAGGGAGAUAUGCUCUGCUGACACUUCUAGCAAGGAAAGCAAACUACGGCGGGAAGGCAGGAGAUGCUACGUAGAUGCUGGAGCUUUGCAUUAUUACAGCAGCCCCCUCAAUGGAAGAUGACGCCUGGGGCAUUACUUGAGAUGCUCUGCUGACUCCAGAGCAAACCAGUCUACCAGAGGAGUAGGCAGAAUUUCCUAGAAAGAUCAGAACAUGGUGAUGGGUUCUAAUUUCUGUCCAUCUCCAAAGAGUAUAUAGAAAAUACCAAACACUUUUGUCCAUUUUAAACACCUGCCUAAACAAAUUUAACAGAGGAAGAUGGGAGAUGCCUGGUCUAUCGUGUGAGAAACAUUGGUAAGUAUAAGCAAUCCUCUGUAGCACUUUCACAGGGUAUUAUCGUCAUUCUCUUUCACCCUGUGAUGUAAUGCAUCACCCUCAUGCGUGAAGACCACAGCCACAGGGCUUCAACAUUUGACACCAGCAGUAUCCUGGAUGCAACAUUGCCCAUGAUACAGAACAAUAACAGUAAUCUCUGAUUAGCCAAAUUGUUUGAGGCAGACCAGAAAAUGGUAGGAGAAUCAGAUGUUCAGCUAUCUCAGUACUAACUGUUGUGAGGUUAGAGUGACAUACAAUGAACGCAUGCUAUGAAAUUAAUCUGAAUUACUUUAAUUUCUGGUAAUUGAUGGUCAAGAGAUAGGACCUGCAGGAAGGGAUUCUUUUGAAAGAGUCAUUUAUCUAGGUUUCAAGAUAAAUUUUGUUUUUUAAGAAACAAAGGCAUUUGUAAAUCAAUAAGAAUAGUUUCAGCUUUGGCAAUCUUUUAUCACUGAGUGACUAAAUAUUUCUGAGUUGUUAACUGUUAGAACAGAUACAACAGAAACAAAGGCAUAUCUUGUACCAUAAACAGGAUUUGCUGGUCAUUUUAGUGUUGUGAUUUUUCAGGCGAAUUUUUCUCUUUAAUGGUGAGCAGUUGCCUCUCUCCUUUUAUAAUAAAUUGAGAAAAAACCACAUGGGCAAG